CAUUUUCUCUCUCUUUCCUUUUUCCCAUUGGAGCCGUCGAAUCUCUAUAAAAUCAACACGUAACUGGCAAUCUCAACCGUUGAUUUACCAUCCAACUUGCACUCGCAACCGUUGAUUUACCAUCCAAAGGUUAACUCGAGUCGGCGAUUGGUUCCCUCCCCUCUUGCCACUUUGUGGUUUUUUUUAUCAUAAACCCUAGCCGUCGUGGCCGAUAUCAGUCCCCCCUCCCACUCUCUCUCUCUCCUCCUCAAAAACCCAAUCACUUUCUCUCUACUUUCUCUCUCUAAGUUUUAGAUCUGGUUUGUGAGUAUCUCCUGUAAAUUAGUCUCUCUCUCUCUCUCUCUCUCUCUCUCUCUCUCUAUAUGUAUUUCUGUGUUGUACUCUGUUAAUUUUCUGUACUUGUUAAUCUCUCUGGUUUUUCUCAACCGCCAAACACUUUUUUUCUUUUUCUUUUAAUUUUUUGUUAUCAGUAAUUUUCUCAAGAAAAAUCUGUAAAUUUUUUUAAUGAGUUGAAUCCCGAGUCAGGCUGACUGUAUAGAGUUCCGAGUUUUCCCCAACUCCGAGAGAAUGGCGCCCCACCAUGAGACCCCAGUCGCCGUCCCUUUCUUUGGUUGAGAGGUCCCGCCCCGAGUUUGGGACUGAGUCAACUCGGAGAUCGACUCGGCGACUCGGCGAGUCGAGUAGGAGGAGGAAGAGGAGUGCUGCGCCCAGAGUGGUGCUGCUCCGGAAUCUGAGCACGGAAAUGCCAUCGGUGGAGAUGAGGCGGACCACGAGGGUUUUCGGGAUGGCGAUGGCCAAGGGCGGUGUGGACGGGGCUCGUGUUUUGCGGUCCGGCCGCCGCCUCUGGCCCGAAUCGUCAGAGUCCAAGCUGGUGAGGGCCCACCGUGGCGAUGAGGACUGGCUUAAAGUCAUGAAAAGCCAUGCCAGUGAUUCUGUUGUUUCUUUAAAGAACAAGAGAUGGCCCGGGAACAACCACAUUCGGAGUCCCAAACAACACGCCGUCGUUUUGGAAGUUCCAGUGGUGAAGAAGCUUGAAAGUAAUGAGCUUUUGGCUGAUGAAGUUAAAGAGAACAGGAUGUAUGGGAUUGUGUAUCUCCGAAAGAGGAAGCGCGGCACCGCGAAUGUGGAGAACGAUGGUGGUUCCGAUGAUAGAAUGUAUGGGCGGAGAUUUGUUCGGAGGCAGAGGAGGAAGGUGAACGGGGAGUUGGAUUCCCAUGUGGGUUUUGUGUCCCGGGAAGUGUUUUGUGUUUCGAUUGAGUCUUCGUGCAGUAGGAGAUACUGGGCUACUCGUUUUUUGUAUUCGGUUUUGGUGUACAUGACGAGGGCCAGUCUGGGAUUGACUGAGCUUUCUGAUUUCCUUGCAUCAGAGCCAAUUGGUAGCUUUUUUUCAUCCUGUGGCAUUCAGUUCUCGCGGGUUCGAUCUUGUACUAGGAGCUCUGGAAUUUGCAAGUUAUUUGGGUCGAAACAGUUUAUCCCAUUGUUUUCUGUGGACUUUUCUGCAGUUCCUUUUUGUUUUAUGGACAUGCAUACCAUUAUCCAUCUCAGAUAUAAAUGUCAGCCAACUAUAAAUAAUCAGAUUGAUGGGAAUGAAAGUGAUGAUGACUAUGACGAAGAAGUUGAGUGCACGCCGGUUUGGCAUUCUGGUGCAAGAGUUCCCAAAUUAGCUUAUAGAAACACACAGUAUAGGAAUGGUUUAAAUUCGCGUGGUGUUCAGAAGAGGAGUUCGUUGAGGAGAAGGCGAACUAGAAAUCCGUCGCUGGUUUCUUCACGAAAGCCCAAUGGAGCCUUAGUUUCUGAGCUAACCAGUAUUAGGAAGAACGGCCUCCCUUUUUCCUCUGUAGCAUCUAUUAAUAAGCGUAGGAAGACAUUUCCAACUUCUCCUGUAGGAAACCUGAAAGAAGACAGUUCAACCAUGGAGGGAUCGACACGGGAUUUAGAUUCUGCACGCUGCUUGGUGAAUGUACUGAUCACUGAAGGGGACAAAUGUUAUAAAGAAGAUGGAGCAACUGUCAUGUUAGAAAUCUCUUCAUCUGGAGAAUGGCUUCUUGUGGUCAAGAAAGAAGGAUUAACCCGAUACACCUACAAGGCAGAGAAAGUUAUGAGGCCCUGCUCUAAAAACCGUCUUACGAAUGUUAUAAUGUGGUCUGCGGAUAAUGGGGAUAAUUGGAAGCUAGAAUUUCCCAAUCAAUGUGAUUGGUAUAUAUUCAAGGACCUUUACAAGGAGUGUUCUGAUCGGUCUGUGCCAUCUCCAGCUCUCAAGUUCAUCCCUGUGCCCGGUGUGUAUGAAGUCCCAGGAUAUGCGGAUAGUCACCGUACUUCUUUCCACAGACCAGAGUCAUACAUAUCUCUGAAUGAUGAUGAGCUGUCUAGAGCCAUGGCAAAGAGAAAUGCAAAUUAUGAUAUGGACUCUGAUGAUGAGGGGUGGCUGAAGAAGUUCAACAGUGACUUUGCUGAGGAUAAACUUGAUGACCUAGUUUCCGAGGAUAAGUAUGAAUUAAUUGUUGAUGCGAUUGAGAAGGCAUUUUAUUAUAGACCAUAUAAUUUCUCUGAUGAGAAUCCAGCUGCUAAUCUUUGUCUGGAUAUGAAGAGGGAAGUAAUAGAGGCUAUAUAUAGUAAUUGGAUGGAUAAACGGAAGCAGAAGCGAUUAUCAUCGCUACUUAGGGUGUUCCAGGCGAAUCAAUCGAAGAGAUCUCUACUAGAUCCAAAGCCUAUUCUGCGCAAGAGAAGAUCAUUCAAGAGACAACCAAGUCAAUCUGGUAGAGGAAAUCAACCAAGUUUCUUGCAAGCUAUGGCUGCGGAACAAGAUGUGAUGCAAGAGCAGAAUGAUGUGGUUAAAGUUGAAGAAGCGAAAGAUGCGGCCGAGAGAUCUGUGGAAUUUGCCAUCCGCAAACGGCAACGGGCUCAGUUACUCAUUCAGAAUGCAGAUCUAGUCACUUAUAAAGCGACGAUGGCAUUUAGAAUCGCUGAAGCUGCCCUAGUUCUCGGAUCACCGGAUGCCGCUGCUGAUUAUGUACUGGAUUGACCAAUUUAGGUGGGUUCUGAAUCCUGAUGACGGUUGGAAAUAACCGUUUUCUAAUCCAUGGAUGCUGGUUGAAGCCCUUGGAAGACGGGUGAUGGAUUAAAAGUGCUGCAAGUUUGUAUAGGUUAUGAUUCGAUGUACAUUUGUAUUAUUAGAACCUCACAUGAUCAUCAAAUUAUCAAAAUAGUGUAGGAGUCGAAAUAGUCGAUUUUCUUUUGGGGGAAAAAAGAAGAAAAUAUAGAAAAAUUUAACCGA